AUGACACGAAAACGAUGCCGAUACAAUAACUUUCCAUCGCUGCUCGAGUUCAAUGCAACAUCUCGUCCGGGCUCUCGUAGCAUGAACGAUUCGUAUUCAGUCUCCCCGUCGGGUUCUGAGGCGGGCUCCAUGUCAAGAGCGCCAUCGCCAGAAAGACGGAUGAUGAGCUUGCGUCUAGGCAAGGCGGGUGUGGAAUAUCGAGUCCUCAAUGAGGAGACGGUGCCUAAUGACGCCAAGGCGCUGUUCUUUCUCAUGGAUGACAUUGGUCAUGGCCGCAAUAUCGUACCGCAUGCUUUGAAGUCGACCGUUGAGGAAAAGCUCAAGGAUCAGCCAAUGUCACUGAGCAGAUGGGACUCUGCCUUCAUGCCACAAGGCCACGACGAUGGUUUACCUGGCCGGGUCCCGUCUUUGGAAGAGGUCGAAAGCAUUUUGGAAAAGGCCGUCGAGUGUGAAAAGUGUCAGUAUGAGGAACUUAUGUGGAAUGCUCGGGUUCAUCUACCCUUGCUUGACGGCAUAUUCGAAGACCGUUUUGGUGAACAGUGCGAUGACUUUAAUGCCAUGAUUUGUACCACAGCCCGGCCGCAUGCAGAGUUUGAACCGAUGCCAUCCACAGGUAGGAUGGUUGACAUCUGCGUACACGCCUCGCUUGACCAGGAUGAACCAUUCGAGGCGGCUUUGGCUGAGUUCAGCGGGAUUACGCCGACGUUGACCGUCAACCAUACCGACUUUGAACCUCUCCAGCUUCGCCCCCUUGUGCUUAGCAUCGGGACCAGGAGGCCCGGGUUGGAAUGGGACAAGGCUCAGCUGCAAAUGGGCGUCUGGCAUGCUUCACAGUGGGCGUUUCUUCGAUGGGCCGUUGGGGAGAAGCUUCGGAAGCAACGCCCAGCUCAAGGCGCUGAAGGGGGAGGAGAAGGGGAAGAAGGAGAAGAAGGAGAAGAAGGAGGAGAAGGAGGAGAAAAGUCCCGGGCACAACAGCUUACGGCGUUGUCGAAGCUUGGAUUCAUCCCAGGCAUCAUUGUGCAGGGCAAUCGAUGGCACCUCGUCAUGUCCACGUAUCACGAAGGGAAGACGACGCUCUGGGCGGAGUGGGUGUUUGGCACCACCAAGAGCUUGAUGGAUAUUUACUGUGUCGUUGCCGGUCUCAUUGCAUCGGGCGCUAUUGUCCUAGGCAAGGCUAAUCUCAGCGAGCUUUCCAAUUCUCGUGGUUCCAUGAUGCCGAGCGGCUGGUCUGCCGUCGGUGGCCAAGCGCAGUCUGCCUAUGUCCGUGGCGGCCUGGAUCCCGACAAUUCCAAGGACGGACACUCGAAUCCUUUGGGCUCGUCGUCCGGAUCCGCUGUUGGCGUGUCAGCUAGAUACGCCCCCAUCUCCGCCGGCACCGAGACUGAUGGAUCGCUCCUCUGCCCAGCGGGAAGAGCUGCCCUGUACACCAUCAAGCCCACCAUUGGCCUCAUCCCCCAGCACGGCAUAGUGCCCAUGUCGACCAACUUUGAUUCGGCUGGACCAAUGACCAAGACCUCCCAUGACCUUGCGGUGCUUCUUGAUGUUCUCGCCUCUAGGUCUCCGUCCGAGUCAUAUACGAAAAGCCUAACUGGCUCAUGGUCCGGUAUAUCGGUUGCAACUCUCGACUAUUCGAAGUGGAGAUACCCGGACAGCUUUAUAAAGCCGGCAGACGGUGCCGAAGCCCAGAUAGCAAACGUUGACAGAUUUGUCGACGACAUCGACCUUGUUACAGUCGAUGCAUUUGAGUUGGAGGGCAAGAAUACUUUGGAUAUCAUCACCAUGUCCGAUAUGAAAAGAGAUCUCACAGCCUACCUUGGGAACCUUGGAGAGAGCGAGAUACGCACCAUUUACCAUGCUUGUCUCCUGUAG